AUGACCUGUGCACCUGAAGAGCAAGACAACGACAAGCCUGGACAACAAUCACCAGUCAUCGCCAUGCCGAGCUACCAGUCUCUCCCAGUUUCAAUAACGGCGGCCGACUCAACACCUCAGAUGCGAGAGUACAAUGAUGCGGCCAUGAAGGAUCCUCACGGAGCAGAGCAAAAUGGUCUGGCCCAUAUCUCCGUCAUUGCCAAGCUGUCCACUGGUGAAGCAUCGAUAAAGAGGCGAAAGUACACCGAACUCGACAAUGGCGUUUGCGAGCUUUUCAAUCGAGACUGGGAAUUUUUUCCCUAUCUCCGAUUUGCCUGCGCAAAGAUUCUUGCUGGAUGCCUCCUCCUCAACAACCAGAACGGUCAGGUCAUCAUUGCCAAUACGAUCGAGGUUUAUGGCCGGACAAGACUGGUCGAUGCCCAUCGAGAGCCCUUCAUCGUUUUGGCCCCACUUAUGUCAACGUAUAUCACCAAGGCCAAUGCCUCUGUUAUGGCCUUUGUCGAAGAAGAAUUCACGCCAACACCUUAG